AAUCGCAGUCGCCGUCAAGCAAGAUGGACGGGGAAUGUAGCCUAUACCGGAAGCGACGGGGGGGGGGGGAGAGAGGAAGUCUCGGAAGGAACGGCACACGUGCGGGCGGUAGUGGCAUUAAAUUAAUGGACACCAAAAGGAAAUUUAAAGGUGGAAAAACUGGGCAUGGUAAAAAGAAGCUUACAAAGAAUAAUGAUCCUGGUCAUCCAAAGAGAGUCCUUAGAAAAAAUGAAGAUAUCAAACCCAAAUUUAAAUCUAAGAAAACCAAAAAAGGAGGCAAAAAACCUGAUAAAGCUGGUGUGAAACAUUGGAAAAGUAAGCAACUCUCAGGGAAUGCUUCCAGAAAGCGCAAGCUUCAAGGUGAUACCGAAGGUUCCCAACCUAAAAAGCCUAAGUGGGCUGACAUCAAGAAGAAAAAGAAGGAGCUAAAACAGACUCGUCAGCUGAAUGACAGGGCCAAUUAUGACAUAAUUAUUAAAGGAAAACAGAUUUGGGAAGCUCUACGGCGAACAAAGCCACAAAUUGCAGAAAUAAUCAAAAGCUUUAAAGGUGAGGUUAAAAAGAUGUUACGACAUGCCGAAGCAUCCAGUGUGGUGGAAUACGCCUACAAUGAUAAAGCCAUUCUCGAGCAGCGGAACAUGUUGACGGAGGAGCUUUAUGGUAAUACAUUCCAGGUCUAUAAGACAGCAGAUCAGUCAACCUUGGGUAAAGUGCUAGAGAUUCAGCCUGAAAAGCGAGAAGCCAUUUUGGAUGAGAUGAAACAGAUCCUUACCCCAAUGGCUCAAAAACAUGAUAAGUUUCUCUCUCCUCAGAUGGCAUUUGCUCAUGAUUCCACACGUGUUAUUCAGUGUUACAUUCAGUUUGGCACUGAAGAACAAAGGCAAGAAGUAUUUGAAGAAUUAAAAGAAAGCUUCACAGAAUUAAGUAAAUCCAAGUAUUCCAGGAACAUUGUGAAGAAACUUCUCAUGUAUGGAACAAAGCCACAAAUUGCAGAAAUAAUCAAAAGCUUUAAAGGUGAGGUUAAAAAGAUGUUACGACAUGCCGAAGCAUCCAGUGUGGUGGAAUACGCCUACAAUGAUAAAGCCAUUCUCGAGCAGCGGAACAUGUUGACGGAGGAGCUUUAUGGUAAUACAUUCCAGGUCUAUAAGACAGCAGAUCAGUCAACCUUGGGUAAAGUGCUAGAGAUUCAGCCUGAAAAGCGAGAAGCCAUUUUGGAUGAGAUGAAACAGAUCCUUACCCCAAUGGCUCAAAAAGAAGCUGUAAUAAAGCAUUCAUUGGUACAUAAAGUUUUUUUGGACUUUUUUACUUAUGCUGUCCCUAAACAGAGAUCUGAAAUGAUUGAAGCAAUUAGAGAAGCUGUCAUUUACUUGGCACAUACUCAUGAUGGCGCCAGAGUAGCCAUGCAUUGCUUGUGGCAUGGGACUCCCAAGGACAGAAAAGUGAUUGUAAAAACAAUGAAGACAUAUGUUGAAAAAAUAGCUACAGGUGAAUUUUCACAUUUGGUUUUGCUGGCAGCAUUUGACUGCAUUGAUGAUACCAAACUUGUGAAACAACUGAUUAUAUCUGAAUUGAAUGGUAAUUUAGCCGCUGUUAUAAACAACAAAUAUGGAAGGAAAGUCCUGCUGUAUUUAUUGAGUCCACGCGAUCCGACAUAUUUUUCCCCGGCAAUAAUCAAAAUCCUGCAACAGGGUGAUGAAAAUGCUCACAGUAAAAAGGAUGCAGAUGUUCGCCAUGAUGAGCUUCUGGAAGCUGUUUCCCUUCCCUUAUUACAGCACCUCAGUGCACACGCUGAAGAAAUGGUGAUGGACAAAGCUGCCUUCAUUGUAGUGACAGGCAUCCUCAAGGCAGCUGUUGGCGAUGUCCAGCCAGCGAUGAAAGCCAUUGCUAGUCUUGCUGCAAGAAAGAUGAUUCCAGGGGGAGAAGAUGGACAGCUUCACAUUGCUGAACAUCCAGCGGGUCAUUUGGUGCUUAAGUGGCUAAUAGAAAAAGAUGAGAAGAUGAGUCAGUCUGGCAGAGAAGGAUGUUUUGCAAGAAUCCUGAUAGAACAUGUGGGAAUUGAUCUUCUAAAGACCUGGGUGGAUGUGAAUCGUGGUGCAAUUAUUCUGUGCCGCCUUCUUCAGAGCACUGAUCAAGAAGUUGCAACACAAGUCAAAGAUGGACUAAAGAGCGUUAUUCCAAAACUAAAAAGGACUAAAGACUGUACAGCAGCAGCAAAGGCAUUGCUGGAGAAAUUAUUAUCCUAAUUUAAUAAUUAUUCGGUUCCUUUAUAACAUGACAAACUCAUGUCACGGCGGCAUCACAUGACGUAUCGGGACUUUUUUCCCCUUCACUAAACCAGGUGUGGGCGUGGCCAGUGUAUUGUGCAUCUGGCCUUCGGGCCGCAAGUUUGACAGCCCUGCUCUAUGACAACCAGACACCUUUUUAAAAGAAAUGGAAAUGAAAAUGGUUUUGGAAAGUGUUGGGUUAAGUUUUUAAAAAUUACACAAUUUAAUUUGUCAAUAAAUUCUUAUACCUUU